AUGUCAACAGUCUCAGCAGCAGUAACAGCCGUGUCCACAUUCUCAGCAACAGUAGCAGCCGUGUCAACAUUUUCAUCAGAAGUAGCAGCCGUGUCAAUAUUUGUACCUGCAGUAUCACCCGUGUCAACAUCGUCAGCACCAAUAACAGCCGUGUUAACAUUCUCAGCACCAAUAGCAGCAGUGUCAGUAUUCUCAGCAGCAGUAGUAUCCGUGUCCACAUUCUCAGCACCUGUGUCAACAUCGUCAGCACCAGUAGCACCCAUGUCAACAUUCUCAGCAGCAGUAGCAGCCCACUACUGCAGUAUCACCCGUGUCAACAUCGUCAGCACCAGUAACAGCCGUGUUAACAUUCUCAGCCACAGUAACAGCCGUGUUAACAAUCUCAGCCCCAGUAGCAGCCGUGUCAACAUUCUCAGCACCAAUAGCAGCAGUGUCAGUAUUCUCAGCUGCAGUAGUAACCGUGUCCACAUUCGCAGCACCAGUAGCACCCGUAUAAACAUUCUCGGCACCAGUAAAUGCCGUGUCCACAUUCUCACCAGCAAUAGCACCCGUGUCAGCAUUCUCAGCAUAACAGCAGUAGCACCCAUGUCAACAUUCUCAGCAGCAAUAGCCUCCGUGUUAACAUUUUUAGCACCAGUUGCACCUGUAGCAACGUUCUUAGCUGCAGCACCCGUAUCAACAUUCUCAGCAGUAGUAGCACCCUUGUCAAUAUUCUCAGCAGCAGUUGCACCUGUGUCAACAAUCGCAGCAGCAGUAGCUCCUGUGUCAACAUUCUCAGCCUCACUCGCACUUGUA